AUGAAUGACACCCGCACCGCAGGCGAUUUUACAGAUUUGGUCUCUUGUGACGAGAUGAAAGAAGCACCGUUGGAAACUGUUGAAAGGCACAAUAAUUUGUCUCACCUUCUGCGUCUCUCCUCCCUCUCUCUUCUCCUCUUCUCACUCUUGCUCUUCGAAGACGAUGAAGAAGAUCCCGUACAGCACAUUGACAUCGGACACACCCAGCAUCUCACCAACGGAAUGAUGAUCUUGGUGAUCAACAAAUACAGAAUACACAACACUCCGAGGUACACAACGAUAUCCGUGGCGAUCAUGACUCCAUCCCCAAUCGAACUGAUCCCUUUGAUCCAAGGACUCUCAAAGUACUCGAUGACGUGGCAGAUACUGUCGAUAUCAGCCAUUGAAUCUGCACGGAGACAGAUUGUUCUGGCUCCUUGGCCAACGAUAGCUGGCAGUGGAAUGAUCAUGGAACGGUUUGCAGCGUGGAGAUCACUGACAUGCUUCAUAGACUGUCAAGUUGAAAAGUCUAUUAGAUUUCGAAUCAACAAUGAUGGAUCCAGAGAAAUCGCGGAUACGAGAAGCGUUGUGGAAGAAUACCAGAUUUUGACUCUCCACUUCAUCGUCCACUGA